GAGUCUGGAAUUAUGGAGGUUGAUGUGGAUGAUGGAGUUAAUUGUGGUAGUCAAGGACACAUUAUACCUGAAGUUGACCUUUAUCUUCAUUUGAUGAUGAUGAUAUAUUUAUUGGAUAAAAAAGAUUUCGAAAAGGGUAUUCAAUUGUCUAAUGAAACACUCCUAAAGAUCCAAAAAUUAAAUCGACGUACUUUAGAUCAAUUGUCUGCUC